GUGUGAUUAUCGAUGAAGAGGCAAACAUCCUAAUAAUAUCAAGUCCACACCUCAACCUGACGUCUGUCCAUUUCGUACUCACGUAUAAGAGAAGUCAUGUUUCCUUGUGGACCUAACAAGUAUCUUUAUGAUCCAUACAAGCAAUAUUGUAAAAUGAAUGGACAAGUUGGUCGGUGUGAUCCUUCAGCUUGUUUCAUGAGAGAUGCAGAAUGGGAACGACUGGCAUGCAGUCUCUAUUGUGGGGACAAUAAUGGAGUAAAUUGUCCGACAGUUCAGGAAGAGGGAACGGUCUUUAUAUGGAAGAUAAUGACAGGGGUCUUGGUAGCCAUAGUAUGUGUAAUGAUUUGCGGAGUGAUAGCAUACUUCUGUAAAAACCACAAAAAGAACACUACUCCUCCUGUCACUAAAUGUUGUACCAAACCCAUGGAAAAGGCUGACCCAGAAGAGACUAAAGUUUUUAUCGGUGAUAACAAUACAAAAGCUGAGAUUGACAGUGCUAUUGGCUCCUCCACAUCGCAAUCAAUAGAAAAAUACUCUAUGAUUCCACCUCAGAAUAAUCAUGAGGACCCUCACACCACAAGGGAGAGCAGGACAGCAAUUGCAAUCACAUCAGGCACUGAAGAGGUCAGGAGACAUAUUGAAGAAGGAGGGACAGAUAGGAAAGAAUGCAGUAGUUGAAAUAUACCGUUUUCAGAGGGAACAUUUUUAAUGAUGAUACGAGUCUCCUCGCCUUAUGUGGAAGAGUUUUACAAUAUAGCUAAUAUUAAAGCAAGAGUCCUAUAUAAAAGUAUUAAAUUGAAAGGGAAAAAACAAAAUACAAAACAAACACAAUCGUAACUAUAGGACAAAAGAUGUUAUUGUGAUGUUCGUUAAAUGGUUCUGCUACUUAAUAUCAUUUAGGUAUUUUUUUUAGAUCUCAUGAACAUUAAAACAAGAAAAUUAUGCUAAGUACAUUUUCAAUACAUUCAUACAAUUGCAGUCAUGUACUAUCUUGACGAUGAUCAAAGAAAUAUUAUUCAUUGUGUUUUAAACAAAUUUAUACAUCAGUUUGCCAUUCAAAUUAAGGUUUCAUCAGUCAUUAUAUAGAAGAGAUCAUAAAUUAUCUUUUAUCUUGCCGACUUGCACGAUAUAGAAACAGUGCUCACUCAGUGGUCUUAACAGCCGAUCAGGAACAAAUUGACCAGCAUGAAUUUUCUAAAAUUUUAAUCAUAUAACGUGUUUUGGUUGAAUGUUUGAUAAUUAAAUUCAAAAUUAUGUAACUAUGUAUGUGGUUUUAAGAUAGUACUUAUUUUAAUUACUUUUAAUGUGUUAUAUUUUUUCAUGGAAUUUUUUUUACAUCAAACUUGUAUUGUAUCUUACCGUAGUUAUCAUUAUUAUAAGAUGACCAAAAUACUUUUCAUCCAUUGACUGACUAUUAUAUUUACGAGUCUUGAUUUAAACGUCAAGAUAGAAAAGAAAUGUCUUUGUAUAUUUCAAAGAGAAUGUGGUUUUGAUACCUAAGAAUGAAAGAUGAAAAAACUGGAAUUACUGGAAUUUAGCAAUUUAAUUAUGUACUUUUCUAUAAUCAACACGGCCUCAGAAUUAACUCAUGUACAAAUACUAUGAUAUUACCAUUUAGUAAAACCGAUGUAGCACCCCUACUAUAACGUUAUGGUAAUUUCAUAUAUGUUUUGUCGUGCUAGGUCUCUGUAAUAAAACUGUCUCGCUUCAUAUGAUACUAAGCAAGGAGAUUCCAGAAAAGCUGAAUUCUUGGGCAACAUCAAAAUCUAUGUAAAUCAACAUAGGAAGCAUGUAUAAUAAAUAUAUGUGUUGGUGUGUGUAAAAAUGUACUACAUUAUUGGUCAAAAACAUCGUUGGUCAAAAAGUCUUUGAUAUUACCGCGAGUAUUAUAUAUAUAUAUAUAUAUAUAUAUAGGUUAUUUUAACAACAUCAAUCAGAGAAGUAUCAACAAUGACAUGAUAUAUCUACAAAAACCAUGUUUAAAGAUGUUACAUUGCCGACAGCGUAUACAGUUUGUUGCUAAAUGCACAAAAUAGCAUCCGUGUGACUCACGGUAAAGGAAUACAUAAUUUAAAAAAAGAUGACAAAAACAAGAAAUUGAUCGCUUAAAAGGCCGAAAGUUACAUACAAAAUACAUAGAGAGCGCACGGUAGAAUUUCUUUGUGUGUAAUGCACUUUAUAAAAAUAGAGAGCAGCUCAAAUGUUUGAAGGGUGGUAAUUACGUAACGUCUGUAAGAUAUAAAACUUUACAAUAGCCUAUCCUUGUUUUUGACCGAUCAAUUAGUCUUUGUCGGCGAUGUAACGUCUUUAACAAUACUAUAUAAAUUUCAGUUUGUAUAUCAGGUGUCAUAAUUCAUCACAUAUAAAAACAUCAUUGUAAUACUUAAUGAGGUAGAGCACAGAAACAUUUUUUUCUUACAAAAAAAUCUUAACUUACACAUACUUAAGUACAAAUAAUGUUGAAUCUACCAUUAAAUAUUCAUAUCGUAUGUGCUUUAAAACUUGUGUUGUCUUCUAGACAGUAGUACAAACUUUGUAUACCAUUAUCAUUUUACCAUCACUGUUGAAUCUUUGACAAGACAUUGACCAGGAUACUAUAUCUCUGUAUCCUCAUCCGAGUGUAGUCGAUCAUGUCAGUAUUAAGGUAAUGUGUACCUUCUGUUCUGCAAAUCGAUAUUAUUCGUGGAACAAAACAUUUGUAAAUACAUGAAUGUACAAAAGACAAUGUGUUUGUAAAACCAAUAAUGAAAUUCCAUAUAGCAUUGUUAUAUCAAUUCCUUUGCAUGUAUAAAGUUGUUUUCAGUUAAUACGAAACAUAAUUAACGAAACAAAGGUGAAUAAAUAAAUAUUACUUAAUGUAAAACUGCAUUCCAAAGUAUUUUGUGUCAGGACUGUUUGGAUAUCAAAGAGCUUAUAGCUGUAAAUUAGUAUAGGAUUUGUAUUUCAUAACAUGCUAUGGAUGUAUUUUAAACAACAUAUAUAAUACUAUUAUAAUACUUCAUUGUGUGUUUGAACUUUAUUGAUCAUAUAUCAACAAGUUAUUAGAGUAGGUGUGCCAUUUUUGUCAAUAAAAACUUUCAUACAUGGAAAUAUA